UCUCAUUUCAGAGGCUCUCAGGGGCCCUGCCGUCUGGUCGGGAUGGAAUAUUCAGGCAUCUCAGAAUCCACCACCUCUAUUGACUAUGAUCUUCAGAGCCUUCUGUGUGACAACACAACCUUCGUCUUUGCCACCAUCACCACCACCAUCCUGUACUGCCUGGUGUUCCUCCUGAGCCUGGUGGGCAACGGCCUGGUGCUGUGGGUCCUGGUGAAGUAUGAGAGCCUGGAGUCCCUCACCAACGUCUUCAUCCUCAACCUGUGCCUCUCAGACCUGGUGUUCUCCUGCUUGUUGCCUGUGUGGAUCUCGGCGUAUCAUUGGGGCUGGGUGCUGGGGGACUUCCUCUGCAAGCUCCUCAAUAUGAUCUUCUGCAUCAGCCUCUACAGCAGCAUCUUCUUCCUGACCAUCAUGACCAUCCACCGCUACCUGUCUGUGGUGAGCCCCCUGUCCACCCUGCGCGUGCACACCCUCCGCUGCCGCGUGCUGGCGACCACAGCCGUGUGGUCAGCCAGCAUCCUGUUCUCCAUCCCCGACGCCAUCUCCCACCAGGUACAUCCCUGGGGCUGUGAUUAUUCCGGACGCGCGUGGUUCCUGGCCUCGGUCUACCAGCACAACGUCUUCUUCCUGCUGUCGGUGGCGGUCAUCCUGUUCUGCUACGUGGAGAUUCUCAGGACCCUGUUCCGCUCGCGCUCCAGGCGGCGCCACCGCACGGUCAGGCUCAUCUUCACCAUCGUGGCGGCGUACUUCCUCAGCUGGGCGCCCUACAACCUCAUCCUGUUCCUGAAGACGCUGCCGCACCUCGGGGUCCUCCAGACCUGCGAGGCCAGCCGGCAGCUGGAGUACGCCGUGCACAUCUGCCGCAACCUCGCCUUCUCCCACUGCUGCUUCAACCCGGUGCUCUACGUCUUCGUCGGGGUCAAGUUCCGCGCGCACCUCAAAAGUCUGCUCCGGCAGCUCUGGGGCCGCGGGCCGCAGGCGCCCCCGCUGUUCCCCCCCUCCCCCGGCGCCUCUGCCUAUGACGGCGCCUCCUUCUACUGAG